AUGAUCGAAGGGCGCUUUUUAUUCGAGACAUUAUCCAUGGGUCGUUACAGUACUGUAUUUAAAGUUGAAGAUAAACUUAAUAAUUGUCAAAAAUAUUGCAUAAAGGCAGAAUAUGAUCGGGGACCAAAAAUUAAUUAUUUGCAUCAAGAAAUCGCUGUGCUACAUAAGUUAGAAACACGUGAACAUAUGGCUAGGUUAUAUUAUUGUGAACGUUGUGAACCGUUUUCAUUCAUGCUAACAACGCUAUUCGGUAAAAGUAUUUGGACAUUGCGGCAGAAUUUACCGAAUAAAUUAAUGUCGCCGGGUUGUGCAGCUCGUAUUGCCGUGCAUACAUUAUAUCAAAUCAAACAAAUACAUGAAAUUGGCUACAUUUUGAGAGAUUUAAAAAUUGGUUUGUUUUAUUUUAUAUUGAAAUGUUAG